AAAUAGAGAAAUUAGAUGGGAAAUAAACAAAGCACUACUCGGUCUAAGUUGAAACCGAGUGAUCAUGUCUGUGGUCCAAGGCUGGGAGGUCUCUACUAUCAUCACGGAAUAUAUGUGGGCGGCGACAUGGUAAUUCAUCUCAUGGCACCUGCAGACAAAGCACCUGGAAAGAAAGUACCUGCAAAGAAAGGUAAUUCAUCUUCUCCAUGCCAAAAAUGUGGCUACAAUCCGGACACUGAUGAUGGAAUCAUCAAAACUUGCCUUGAUUGUUUCCUAAGUGAGAGUGAGCUAUAUAUUUAUCAAUAUAGCUGCGCUUGUAAUUCACCCCAUGAAGUUAUCAGAAUUGCAACUGAGUUUCUCGAGGGAAAACGACACUUUGGUGCUUACGAUUCCUUUUUUAAUAAUUGCAAGGAUUUUGCAUACUACUGUAAGACUAAAAAAUAAAA